AUGAGGUCAGUAAAAGUUAGCAAUCUCUCCUCAGGAGCAACAGAGCAUGAUAUAAAAGAAUUCUUCUCUUUUUCUGGUGAAGUUGAAAGCAUCGACAUCCAAGGUAACGAGCAUAGUGCUUAUGUCACGUUCAAGGAUCCUCAAGGAGCAGAGACUGCUGUGCUCUUAUCAGGAGCGAGUAUUGCAGAUCAAUCAGUCAUCAUUGAGAUGGCUCCUAACUACAGUCCACCUGCAGCCCCUCAUGCUGAAACUCAGAGCGGGGGUGCAGCAGAAGGUGUUGUCCAGAAGGCAGAAGAUGUUGUGAGCAGCAUGCUAGCAAAGGGAUUCAUUCUUGGGAAAGAUGCAGUUGGCAAAGCAAAAGCUUUCGAUGAGAAACACGGUUUCACUUCAACUGCAUCCGCAGGAGUUGCAACCGCAACCGCUGGAGUUGCUUCACUAGACCAAAAGAUAGGUCUAAGCCAAAAAAUCACAGCUGGUACAAGCUUGGUGAACGAAAAGAUCAAGGAGGUGGACCAAAGCUUCCAGGUAACAGAGAGGACCAAGUCUGCUUUCGCUGCUGCAGAACAGACCGUGAGCAGCGCAGGAACUGCCGUGAUGAAGAACCGUUACGUGUUAACCGGUGUGACUUGGGCCGCAGGAGCGUUCAACAGAGUGGCUAAAGCGGCUGGUGAGGUUGGACAGAAGACGAAAGAAAAGGUUGAGGCCGAGCAACCGCCAGAAGCACCACAGUCGCAGCAGCAACCUCCACCAGAAGGGUAUGCUCCAAUUCAUUCGUCUGAAUACUCGAAGAACUAA